AUAUGGGCCAUUACUGGGCCAAGGAUGGUUCACUAGCCCAAGCCCAGUCCUUGAAAGAGCUAUCGAUCUGGCACGUGCCGUCAACGACCAUAACGUUUUUCUGCUGACGUGGAAGCUAACUGAUGCGGUUAUACAUAUUAAAUCACGUGAUCGCCGUCAAGAUCAGUCUUUUCCCUCCCUGCAGUCCGUAGUGUAACCAGAAAAAAGGAACAAAAAGUUCCGAAUCUUCUUCUUCUUAUGCAAAUCAAGUCCAGGAAAAAAAGAGAAUAGCUUCUUCAAAGAAAAUAGGAUCUGAGGUCAAGUUUCGUUCUCGAGAUAAUAAUGGUCGAAGAGAAACUACAGUGGUUUUUAACUGUAAUAAUCUUCUUGGCGAUUCUGGAUUCCGGCGCUUUGGCAUUGACGGAUACGAAUGAUGUCACGGCGCUUCAAAGUCUGUAUAUAGCUCUGAAUAAGCCCCCACAUCUGAAGGGAUGGAAACUGGGUGAAGGGGAUCCAUGUCAGGAGUCAUGGACUGGAGUGUCUUGUUUCGGGUCGUCCGUAAUCUACCUUAAGCUUCAAGGACUAAACCUGAGUGGGUACCUCGGAACCCAGCUUCACAAUCUUCCUAACUUGAAGCAUCUGGAUGUUAGCUCCAAUAACAUUAUGGGUGAAAUUCCAUAUGAACUACCCCCUAAUGCCACUCGCAUCAAUUUAGCAUGCAACAUGUUGAGUCAAAAUUUACCCAAUUCUUUAUCAAGUCUCCAGGAACUCCGACAUUUGAACCUAAGCAACAACUCAUUAUAUGGAACUAUUGGUAACGUGUUCAGUGGCUUGAAGAGUCUAAAAGAGAUGGAUCUUUCAUACAAUUACUUCUCUGGAGAUUUACCUACUUCUAUAGGAUCUCUGACAAAUCUUACUAGAUUGUUCUUGCAGAACAACCAAUUCACUGGAUCAGUUAUCUACCUGGCUGAUCUUCACCUAACCGAGCUAAACAUCCAAUCUAAUCACUUUAGUGGUGUUAUUCCAACUCAAUUUCAAUCAAUACCAAAUCUGUGGAUUGAUGGGAAUAAGUUCCAUAUGGGAGUCAACUACCCACUCUGGAAUUUUCCUCUGGAAAAUGUGUCCAUAGAGCAAAAUUUUAAUGGACCCCCAACAACAGAAUCAAGUGUCAUUGAGAACUAUUUCAAUCCUGAGGCAGCUGAGCACAAGAAGAAAGGGUUAGGUCCUGGAGGAAUAGCUUGUACUGUGGGUGCAGCAACUCUCGUAGUGACCUGUGCAGCAAUUUAUGUUGCAAUCCGUCUUAGGCGAUCCCAUAUUUUUCCCGUCACCAGAGACACUUCUCCAACUGCAUGUGAAGCAAGCCCACAACUCUUGCCAGUAAAAUCUCCACCUACAGUUGGCCCAAGCCAUAUAAAUCCGGCUUCCCGUACAAAAACUGAGAAAAUUUCCAGAAGAAGAAGCUUAGCUAAGAAAUUCAAAGCUCCAGCAAGUGCUAAAAUUUACACUGUGGCAGAGCUUCUUUCUGCGACAAACAAUUUCAGUGAAGAUAAUUUACUAGGGGAGGGAUCUCUUGGUUCUGUUUACAAAGCCAAGUUCCCUGAUGGGCAUAUAGUGGUGGUCAAAAACAUCAGUGUGGUAUCGCUAUCUUUCCAAGAAGAAGAACAAUUCUUAGAGGUGAUUUGGACUGCAUCGCGACUGAGGCACCCACACAUUGUAACACUUCUUGGUUACUGUGUAGAAAAUGGAUAUCAUCUUCUUGUGUAUGAGUAUAUAAAAAAAUUAAAUCUCCAUGAUGUUCUUCAUGGUGGAGCGUACAAACCACUGCCAUGGACCAUUCGUGUUGCUAUUGCACUAGGAAUUGCUCGGGCUCUGCACUACUUGCAUUCUACUUUCUCUCCUCCUAUUGCUCACGGCAACAUAAAGGCUGCCAAUGUCUUGCUUGAUGAAGAACUUAAACCUCGUCUUUGUGACUGUGGAAUUGCAAUUUUGAGGCCGCUGGCAAGCAAUAGUGUUAAAAUUAAGGCUGCCGAAUUUGCUGUUGGUGACACUGGCUAUAUUGCACCUGAGCAUGGGGAACCAGGAAAAGAUGGCACGAAAAGUGACAUCUAUGCCUUUGGGGUCUUGCUUUUGGAGCUUUUGACAGGGAGGAAACCUUUUGAUAGGUCAAGGCCAAUAGAAGAGCAAUCAUUGGUGAAAUGGGCCUCAUCUCGGCUUCAUGAUGCUGCACAUUUGACACAAAUGGUUGAUCCAGAUAUCAGAAGAACACUCACUCCCAAGGCUGCCUCCCGAUUUGCAGAUGUCAUCUCUCUCUGUAUUCAGAUGGAAAGGGAGAUGAAUAAACGAUCCUGCGUUAAAAGUAGAGCUUUGCUCUUGCAUAUCAAAUGAAGGAUCCUGCUUUAGAUUGAUAUCCAUCCCACCUCAGAUAAACAAGGUUUGGUGCAAAGAUUUUCAUUGACUUGCCAUUAAUGAGAUUUUCAUUCCAAGAUAAAGUCGCUUAGCAUUUCUACUGAUGUGCUUGAAAUAGACUCUUUUUAUAGGAUGAACCAAUAAAAGAACUCUCUGCGUCCACUUUUUAAUCCUGUAAUAAUACCGAAAACACUCUAGGUUUUUGUUCAAUGAUUAAAGAAGCAAUUUAAUCACAUAAAUUAUAAAUAAAUACUUCUUAAUUUAAUUAAAUUA